UCAAUCACAACAUUUCUGUAUAUAACACCAUCCUUAAAAAGAUGGUUAAACAGGAUUGGAUGAUACCCAGCUCGCUCAUCAUGUUAGUUAUAGUGGCAGCUACAAAUACCGAACAGUGUCAGAUUGUUUUGUUAAAUCGGUGUAAAGCAGUUUACCAAGAAGCUCUGAGAAGCAGUUCUAAAGGAGAAGAGGGUCACUGCUACAGAUUGCAAAAAAUGGUCACAUGUCUUGCCAGUAAUCCCAACUGUGGUGGCGAACUGAUUGAAAAGUUCCGUUAUUGGAUGGCGCAGAUGGCUAUGAUGGACAAGACUUUAAACAUCUGCAAGGAUAUUAGAUACGAAAAUCUCAGGAGGGUGGUGCAGGAUACAGAUGUCGCUAAAACCCAUCGCCAACUGGACGAUGUCGAGUUUGAUAGUUUCGAAGAGUGUGCAGUAUGGAGAGGCAGCCAUGGCAGCGAUGAACCAGACUGAGACGAUGCUUCUUUUUACUACUUUUCUACUCAUUGGUUUCUUGGAAGAAUGAGAAAUUGAAAAGUAUCGAUCCACAGACAUAACCACUAAGGUCCAUAUUGACAAAUAAAUAGACAGAGUGAGAACAAAAGGAACCAUUUUGCAGAGAACUUCUCCAAAUAGGCCUGAAAUCCAACGAUGACCAACAAAAGUGAAGGAAACUGCUAAUAUUGCUGAGCUGAAGACUCCAAUAAUAUCUCCAACGGCCAUAUUCAUGAUAAGAUAGUUAAAGGUCAUUUGAGCUGUACUUUUGCAUCUACGCAGAAGUAAAAAAACCAGGAUGUUUCCUAUACUCGCUGUUAUUAGUAAGACAACAUAGGCAAUUGUAAGAGAUACUUUAGUGUAGAGACUUGGGCAAAACAGACCACAGUUACAGCGUAAAGGGGUUAAGGACGGGCUGCCUUCGUUGUUGUUUGACCGGUUCAUACCUGUAAUCGGAAAAACAGUCGACAUAUAUUUAUAUAUAUUCUUUGUAACAAAGGGUGAGCGUAAAUAAGUUGACAUGCUAAGGAUUCCCUCGCAUAAAUGAU